AACACAAGAAGCCAGCAUCGGAAGAAUGAGAAGCGAACGUAUCGUGGAGGAGGAUGGCUGGGAUGUGGUAGAGCUUGGUGGUGAAGAGGGAUUUGGGUAAAUGGACGAUCUACGACAGCUACUCAGUCUUCGCCCUUCCACUCCUGAAUGAAAUCAUGCACUUAUCUCUUUGUUCUUGGGCAGCAGCGAGCACCCCUCAUAUUGUGUUUGCCGGGGUCACGGCCUCACGUUCCUCCUUGUCCUCGAGUAUCUCAGAGAUUGUUCAAUCUAGAGGAGUGCCAGGUGCCUCAGGGGUUUCAGGGUCUCCCGGGAGAGCGCAUGACAUGUUCUUCAGCUUUGACGAUCUCCAGAGUGUAUUAGUAAAGCGAUCGGAGCUGGAGAACUCCUGCGACAAAGGGGGCAUGGCCAGCAUUCUGCUGUCCCGAGCAUCACACACGCCCCUGAAUCGUCAAAUUUACGAAAGCUGGUACUCCACGCUGCAACCUCCAUUGCAAAAGGAGCUAUCAUCAUUCCUCGUUUUCGCUCCCCAGGAAUGUUUGUCAAUCAGUAGCACAAGAUUCGUUUCUCGAAGUGACUAGUCUACCACACCCUGGUACUUCCAAUUUCGCUUGCCAUGAAUUUUUGUCAAUGGCACAAAC